AUGAUAGAAGUCAGUCACCAUCUUAAAGUCAUAGCUAACAUGAUCAUGAUAGAAGCCAAUUACUGCCUCAGAGUCACAGCUAACGAGAUCGUGAUAGAAGCUAAUCAUUAUCUUAGAAUCACAGCCAAUAGGAUUAUGAUAGAAGCUAGUCGCUGUUCCAGAGUUGCAGCCAAUGGGAUCGUGAUAGAAAUCCUAGAUAUUUCUUUAUCAAUGAUCUGCCUAAUGAUCAAAAUAGUUCCAGCUAUUAUGGAAGCUUUAGAUUUGAAUAUAUUUCCAGUUUCAGAAGUUAUUGUAUAUGACAUGAUUUACAAAUAUUCUAAAACUAAAUGCAAAAAAUAUUUAAUAGAAAUCAAUGAUCUAUUACUUAAAUUAUUUGAAAAUCAAGAGAUUUUACUGAUCAAGGAUAACUCUGCAUACCACUCACCUGAAAUUUCAGAAACUGAUGAAGAGAAUCUUUCUAGUAGAAGAAAGAUUGUUAAAAAGGACUUGAGAUGGCAUUCGACAAUUAAUGGUUACAAAGGUUUCUUAAAAUCGGCCAUACAAAAUACCUGUAGAGAAUUAUCGUUAACAAAAUUCAGAGAAAAUGCGAAAAAGCCAGUAGCAAAAUCUAGUAUUAGAGAAGAAAUAUAA